UUGCGAGAGGAAUUCCCAGAAUACUUGGAGAGCGUUGCUUCCCUUCCUAGCCUCCGGUCAUGCAUCUCGGGUUGUGGGCUGUCGCCUUACAGGCAUCCAUCGUUCUCGCGGCUCCUCUUGCGGGGCCAACGGUCGAGCUUGACUCCGCUACGGUCACUGGCACAUCAUCCGGAAGAGCCUCCAGCUUCUUAGGGAUACCUUUUGCCAAACCACCGACCGGGGACAGGCGAUUCCGUCUUCCUGAAUCAAUCGACCCAUAUUCGACUUCCUUCAGCGCGACUUCUAUGGGUCCAGCCUGUCCUCAGCAAUCAGUGAAACUGCCUAUUCUCACUGGACUCCCUGCCGAUGCCGUCAAUUUCGUCGUAAACUCGAUUUAUCAAGUUGUUUUCCCAGACGACGAAGACUGCCUAACUAUCAAUAUCAUCAAACCUGCCGAUGCAACUCCCACCUCGGAUCUUCCGGUUGUUGCGUGGAUAUUUGGUGGUGGAUUUGAGCUGGGAUCUCCUCAGAUGUAUGAUGGCACGGGCAUUGUGGAGCGUUCGAUUUCACUCGGUCAACCGGUCAUCUAUGUCUCAAUGAAUUACCGGGUUACUGGUUUCGGCUUCUUGGCUGGUAAGGAGGUAAAGGCAGCAGGAGUCGGUAAUUUAGGGCUCCAGGAUCAGCGUGAGGCACUCAGAUGGAUACAAAAGUACAUUGGCGCUUUUGGUGGUGAUCCCACGAAGGUUACCAUGUGGGUGCAAUAUAAUGCGCUUGAUUUUAUCCGUUCAGCUGACUGGAAUUGGCUUAUUUCAAGUUGGGGUGAAUCUGCGGGAGCCAUCUCCGUCUCCCUUCAAAUGCUUGCUGAUGGAGGAGAUACCAAGGGACUCUUCCGCGCUGCCUUUAUGCAAUCGGGUUCCCCCAUUCCAGUUGGAGAUAUCGCAAACGGCCAAAAGUACUACGAUGCAAUUGUUCAGGAGACCGGAUGCACAGGGUCUUCAGACACACUCGCAUGCUUACGGACAGUCCCAUACGCGAAACUUAAGGCUGCCAUUGACGAUUCUCCCGGAAUUUUCUCCUACCAGUCAUUGAAUUUGGCAUGGCUACCUCGAGCGGAUGGUGUUUUCCUUACCGACAAUCCGCAGAGGCUGGUUCAACAAGGAAAGGUUGCCAAAAUUCCCAUUGUGAGCGGUGAUUGUGAUGAUGAAGGGACCCUCUUCUCCCUCUCGACCCUUAAUGUGACAACUGAGAGCCAAAUUCGCACAUACGUGAAGACGGAAUUCCUUUCAACCAUUCAGGACGCCGAUCUGGAUAUCCUGUUGAAGGCAUACCCACAGGACCUCGUUCAGGGCUCACCUUACGACACGGGAUUUUUGGACGCUUUAAGUCUCCAGUUCAAGCGAUUCGCGUCCUUCCAGGGUGAUGCGGUGUUCCAAGCACCUAGAAGAUUCUUUUUAAAUAAUCUCAGCGGAAAACAAAAGAUGUGGUCGUUCUUGAGCAAGCGAGGCAAAGCCUUGCCGUUCUUGGGUGCUGCUCACGGAACCGACAUACUCAACAUAUACGGUGGAGGCGAGCUGGCAGACUACCUUAUCCGUUUCGCUACCAACUUGGACCCUAAUGGUCCUGGAUCGGCCUCGUGGCCAGAGUACACUACAGCGUCUCCGUCUCUUUUGACGCUUGUUGACAACCUCCUUUUCCCGAUACAAAUCACGCAAGACACGUAUAGGAAGGGUGCGAUGGAUGCUGUUACAAAGAUUACCCUGGAAAACCCAGUGUAA